UAAGUAAAGGGGGCGGAGGAGGGAGGAGGGUGCAGCUCUCUCCUACUACGUCAGUGUACAUCACAGGGACACACAGGACCUUUUCGCUCCAGGUACUCGGGGUGACUCCCAGCAUAGAAAAAAACGAAUCCCGGUCACCCUAAAACGUGCCGACCUUACCAUCAAAAGAUGCUGAAACAACACCUGUGCCUCUGGUAGUUUGACACCUAACCUAUUACUACACAGUGCACACAUACUGUAUCUGUGCCUGUCAUAAUGAGAUCAAACUAAAGUCUUACUCAGGCGUCAGGGAAAAGAGAGGAAGCAGAAGAAAAGAUAUUAACUCCGCCUCAUGCUGUCAAGAAAAUAAAUCAAACUGAUUUGGUAUCCGAGUGCAUGCUGGCCAAAGUCCAACAGCAGCAGAGCAGUGGAGCAGAGAACUGUCCGUGGUGCUGAAUUCAUCAGCUAACAGAGAUCCCCAUUGCACACUCAUGUGCUUGGGCCACUCCUGAUACCUCCCAUUCCUAGCAGCAACUGACCACCACCUCAACACCCAAGAUGGACGACGACGGGCGUUACAGAGAUGGCCGCUCAGAUUUCAUCCGCGGGGCAAAGGACAUUGCCAAAGUGGCAAAGAAACAAGUCGGCAAGAAGGUGGGGCGCAGCGUGGACAAAAUGGCCGACGAGUACACCAAGCGCUCCUAUAAACGCUUUGAGGAGGAAGAUGAUGAUGAAGACUACGGCGGUGUGCCAGGCAACGACGCCGGAUAUUACCGCAAUGACAGCCGGGCCAAUGACGAUGAAGGUCACAGCGACUCCACUGAGGGACACGACGAGGAUGACGAGAUCUACGAGGGGGAAUACCAGGGCAUCCCGAGGGCUGAUUCAGGCAAGGACGGCAGCAUUGAUGGGGUGACGGCCGCCCAGGCACAGCAGUUCAGGGAUCUGUCAGCCUACGAGGGUGAGAGGAGGAAAGACCAGGAGGAGUUGGCCCAGCAGUACGAGACCAUCCUGCAGGAGUGUGGCCACGGGAAGUUCCAGUGGACGCUCUACUUUGUCCUGGGGCUGGCGUUGAUGGCAGAUGGCGUGGAGAUCUUUGUGGUCGGCUUCGUGCUGCCCAGUGCAGAAAAGGACAUGUGUCUAUCAGAGCCCAACAAGGGCAUGCUGGGUUUGAUCGUGUACCUGGGGAUGAUGGUCGGGGCCUUCGUGUGGGGUGGCCUGGCUGAUCGGAUCGGCCGACGGCAGACCCUCCUAAUCUCCCUCUCCAUCAACAGCGUGUUUGCCUUCUUCUCGUCCUUUGUCCAGGGCUACGUCUCCUUCCUCUUCUGCCGCUUGGCCUCUGGUGUGGGUAUUGGCGGCUCCAUCCCCAUCGUGUUUUCCUAUUACUCUGAGUUUCUGGCCCAGGAGAAACGAGGAGAGCAUCUGAGCUGGCUCUGCAUGUUCUGGAUGAUCGGUGGGAUCUACGCCUCCGCCAUGGCCUGGGCCAUCAUCCCACACUAUGGCUGGAGUUUCCAAAUGGGCUCGGCCUAUCAGUUCCACAGCUGGCGUGUCUUUGUGUUGGUGUGUGCCCUACCCUCUGUGGCGGCCAUCUCUGCCCUCACCACCAUGCCUGAGAGCCCCCGCUUCUACCUGGAGAAUGGGAAACACGACGAGGCGUGGAUGAUUCUGAAGCAGGUCCAUGACACCAACAUGAGGGCGAAGGGCUACCCAGAGAGGGUCUUCUCUGUGACUACCAUCAAAACUGUGAAACAAAUGGAUGAGCUGGUGGACCUGGGCGACGGUGCCGCCUGGCAUCAGAAAUGGAGGAUAAAGCUCUCUACACUUUUCCAUCAGGUGUGGAGUAAUUUCCUGACUAUUUUCUCCCCUGAGUACCGCCGCACCACCUACAUGAUGAUGGCUGUGUGGUUCUCUAUGUCCUUCAGCUACUACGGUCUGACAGUGUGGUUCCCCGACAUGAUCAAGUACAUGCAGAAGCAGGAGUACUCCUCACGCACCAAGGUUUUUGUCAAGGAGAAAGUAGAACACGUCACCUUUAACUUCACCCUGGAAAACCAGGUCCACCGCCAGGGAGAGUACUUCAAUGACAAGUUUAUGAACCUGAAAUUGAGAUCUAUGGUGUUUGAGGAUUCGCUGUUUGAGGAGUGUUACUUUGAGGACAUCACCUCCAGCAACACCUUCUUCAAGAACUGCACCUUCAUUGCCACCCUAUUCUACAACACAGACCUCUUCAAGUAUAGGUUGGUCAACUGCAAGCUCAUCAACAGCACUUUCCUGCACAACAAAGAGGGUUGCCUGCUCAGUGAUGUCAGCGAUGAGAACAAUGCCUACAUGGUCUACUUUGUCAGUUUCCUGGGCACCUUGGCUGUGUUGCCAGGCAACAUUGUCUCUGCGCUGCUCAUGGACAAGAUUGGACGGCUCAGGAUGCUAGCGGGCUCCAGUGUGAUCUCUUGCAUCAGCUGUUUCUUCCUGUCCUUUGGAAACAGCGAGUCAGCCAUGAUUGCUCUGCUCUGUCUGUUCGGGGGAAUCAGCAUAGCUUCCUGGAACGCCCUGGAUGUGCUGACUGUCGAACUCUACCCCUCUGACAAGAGAACCACUGCAUUUGGCUUCCUCAACGCUCUCUGUAAAUUAGCGGCUGUUUUAGGAAUAAGCAUCUUUACCUCGUUCGUUGGUAUCACCAAGGCUGUGCCCAUCCUCUUUGCCUCGGGGGCGCUUGCGGUGGGCAGUUUUCUGGCGCUGAAACUUCCAGAGACGCGGGGUCAGGUGCUGCAAUAGUGUGGCGCCAACAACUUUCCGGGGGGCAGAAGAGUUUUCGCCACACUGUGAAUGAACAGCUCAAGAGUCCUCCAAAUCCUACCCUCUAACCCCUCCCUCAUCAUAAUAGAAUAAAGUGUGUGCACAUACUGACAAGACAACACAGAAGAGUGACAUAAAUUUGCUGUAAAUAUUUGGGAUUGGUGAUUAUUUGAUAGGUACCUCUCCAUGCUUUCAAGAACGAGGCUUUGACAAACCAUUAGAAUGAAUAAACUGACUGAAUAACCAUUGAGCUGAGACAAAUUGUUGAUGAUUGCUCAGAAUUGGUGCCAAAACAUGAGGCAAGAAAUAAAAUUUGAUCAUGUUCAAUAAGAGCAUGAUGUUUCAUUCCCCUGGAAUAUCAUAGUAAAUUUAAAUUUGGUCCCCCCCAAUAUUAGAACUUAAAGCUGGGGUUGGAGGUCAGGGAAUGGGGGCUCUUGAUAAUGAGCCAUGCAAAUAGACUCAUAGAAAUUACCACUAGCCAUUGUUCUCUGUAGUCACCUCCAUUCUUCUGAGCAAAUUCAACUCACCUGUCAAGUCUUGAGUACAUUGUUGGACAUAGAAUCAAAAAUACGACAUUUUAUGCCUUGAUUUGAAGCGUUUUUGACUUUGCAGGGUAAAACCAAGACACAACUCUCUUGGCUUUCUCUCAAACAAAGACAUGUCCUCAUUCUUUUACUCCUGAGGUCUUAUGUUGAUGUACAGACUAACUGCCAUUUUAUAGAUUAUAGAACAUUCCAGGUUUGCUUUUGUUGUUUUUAGAAUGUGAAGAUCAAUCGAGCCCCUUCUCCCUUUAAAACAUUGUUUCUGGUCACCUCCAAACAGUCAAGAGAUCAUUUAAAUCAGCUAAUGGAUAUGUUUCCCAUGCCAAGUAAACAUUUUGUGCUGUGUCAUGAUUGCCAUUUCAUCACAAAUAUGAAGCUGUUUGUUAAAUCGUACAUUUUAAGCACAACCAUUUGCCGGUGUGAAUGUCCCUAACAUUUUCUUGACUUGAUGAAAAUGUUUGGAAUAUCACACUCAAUCACCAUUUUUUCAAUCAUACUGUGUAUCCCUUUGUAAGAAAUGCCUUUUUAGUACCUCUCCUCUCAGACUUACAGUUUGUUUGUCUCUUAUAAAAUGUGUUUUGGAGAGUGUUAUGCAUGUCACAAAGUAUGUAUGUAAAUUUACGGAAAUUGAGAGUACAACAUGUGAACAGCAUUUUGGACAAGUUGCGUUUGCUCAUCGAUUAGUCUGGCUUCAGUAACCGUAAUAUUUUGACAUUUCCUACCCACAGAAGACAGCGGUUUUAUUCUGCUGUUGGUAGCAGUGCCACCACGGAGGUUGAAUAACCAUUACCACACUCUCCUUAAAGCACACUCACAAAAAUUAUUGACUUAAAUCAUACUAUUACAUGUGGAAGAAAAGUAGGUAAUCAAAAGGAUUUUUAAAAAGAAAUUACACGAAAAGCCUACACUUUCAGUUUUGAUGGUUUCAGUGCAGGCACAAAUUGUGUUAAGUGUGUAAGAGAUGGCAGAUGAUGAACUAUAAUAAUUAUUUGUGUGAACUGAAUGUUUAUAUUAAUGUGAGCGUGCUUCUUAGUGCAAUAUUGAACCUUUGUGCAAUAUUGAGAUUUUUUUUAAAUGUAUUUUACCAUUUCACAUUUGGCAAACACUAUUAUGAUAUGUGAAAGGUUGUGUGGUAGCUGUCUUAUAUGGAUAACUGAACAUGAUUUCAUAACAUACUGCACAUGCUUAACCUGUUUUUUACUCUUGGAUUAAGACAGCCUGAAAGAGUUUAGCAUCUGAGUAAAAAAAAAAAUGUUGGAAAAUACUGCACCUAAGGUUAAAGUAGUGGAGUACAACAAAGUUGUUCUAUUUUAAAUUUUCCUAAUUUGGGAUGUGUAUGUCCUUGGGGCACGUAACACGUUGAAGAGUGAGGAUUAAUUGCAGUUGAAAAGGAUUAUUGUGCUAAUGAGGGUGUGGAUCAUGAGUGCACUGGGAUCUUGUGUUUACUUGUGCUUUAUUAUACAGAUGUAGCUAGAUAUAACAUGAGAUUCACCGUAGAGAACUCACUGCCAAGGGCUGAUCGUCAUACAGUACAUCCCGCAUUGGUAACAGCACAGAGUGUGGGUGAAAAUGAUUGCCACAUUCCCCCUGAUCUAGAAAAGCAAGGGUGAUAUGUUCACAAUUGCAUGGAAAAAGAAGAAAACAAUCAUUAACAUGUCAGAUUAACAAAAAAGUUUUCGUCCAAACUGCCAUUUUGUAGGAUAGCAGCCAUACGUAGACUCAAAGACAGAUGAAUAAAUCCCAUUGCACUAAAUGUACACUGUCGUACAUGCACAAUUGUGAAUGCCUUGAGUUCUUCAAGACACGUUCUUAUGCAGCCUUGCUAGAGAUUUAAUGAAGACCAAGGUGAGCGUUUAGCAAGAGCACAAAGACCAAAACCUACCAAAUGACAAGAUUGUGAACAAUGAGUGCAGUUGUGAACAUAGGUGCUUUGAGCUUUGAUGACCUGCCCCUUUGCAUUUCACUCCCUCCAUCUCAAACCAAUCUAACUUCAAAUUUGACAUCUGACCCAUUAUCUAUGAGUGUGCCAUCUCAUUAAUUAUUGCCAAAUAUUUUGUAUGGCCUGAGUUUACACAUUACACCAUCAAUUCUCUGUUAUAGAUAUGAAUAUAUGUAAAUAAAAGUACUUAUAAUGUAUCUAAUAAGAUAGCUAUUCAAACCUUUUGACCCCUGGAAAUUUGUCGUCAGACUACAGAGGUUUUCAGCCAUUGAUUAAUUAAAACAAGAGGAACUGGAUUGAUUAUGGUGAUGAAGACUUUUCACAACUCAUCUGAGAACUUGUCUUUAAGAGUCCAGGUGAUUUUGUUUUAAAACUGCAAGAAAUUGUGGUUUCAGAAGCCAAAAUGGCCAGCAAGUGAGAAAGCGAAAUUUGCCCACAUUUCCUCUUAAAAGCACAGUGAUAGUAUAUAAAUGCACAUUAACUGUACAAAUAUAAAAGCUAAGCAGUCCUAUUCUCUUCUCUGUAUGUUGUCCAGUAUCACCCAUGAAAUUAAGAACGACGAUGUCAAGAUAACUGUUGUAUUUGUUCAACAUGGAAGCUGUUAAAGCGCUAACCUGUCUCAGUGACUCAGUUCGGGCUCCGUCCAAGUCAAAAUUGUCUCUCGUAGAUACAUAUCUUAGCUUAUGUUACAGGGUUUUUUUGUAUAAUUAACUUGUUGCUUGAGCAACAGUCAAUCGUGAGUGCAAAAAGUUAACAAAGCAAUAAGUGUUUGGGUAUUUGUCUCUUAUUCUCUUCUUUGAAGCUACUGGGAAUUGGAGCACAUUACUAUAUGCUGGCCUUGUCCACUAAAAUGCUGAGUGUUGACUUAAUAAUGACACAGGACUUAACAGCUAACAUUCGUGUGUACUCUCUAAAACAACCCUAAGUCUUGAAGCUUUUGUCAAUAAGAUUGCAUUGCCAUUGAUUAAAUGUAACAAAGAAUUUAUCACCUUUGUCAUUGUACUGUGCUGUAGAAACUGUAGUCGAUUGUUUGUAAGUAUAGAAACUGUUUGUGGAACCAUGAAUAGAAAAAAAAAAGUUAUAAAAAAAAAUGAAGUGUAAAUGAUCAAUGCUGUAUGUUGUCUUUGAUUUUGUGUAUUUUGUAAAUGAGAAUGAAAUAUAAGUAAAUACAUCAAUGUUAAAUACCGGUUAUGAAUCAUAGUUAGCCUAAAUGUGACAACAUCAGUUCUGUUUAAAGGUGUGUGAGAUGAUUUUUUCUUAUAUUUUCUCAUUGUUGAUUUUUGAUUGGGUUUGCACUGUACUGUACAACUGACCCUUUGGAAUCACAAUGGACAAAGAACCAUGAUGAAUAAACAAGUGGAAAAAUAUAAAAAUAUCAA